ACCCUUUACAUUGAUGGCAAGUGACGUCACUGCUGCUAAGUUAAAAACACGUGACUUUAGUAGACACAAAGCAAGGAUGGUGCUGGUACUGAUCAUAGGAGACUUCCACAUACCUCACAGAGCCAAUGCCAUACCGCAGCAGUUCAAAAAACUACUAGUCCCUGGCAAGAUCCAGCACAUCCUAUGCACUGGUAACUUGUGCUCCAAAGAGACCUUGGACUACCUCAAGACACUAGCCAGCGAUGUCCACGUCACCAGGGGGGACUUCGAUGAGAUCUCCACUCUGCCUGAACAGAAGGUGUUGACGGUGGGUCAGUUUCGUAUUGGUCUUACUCACGGCCACCAAGUGGUGCCAUGGGGAGACAUUGAGAGCUUAGGAAUCGUUCAAAGACAGUUGGACGUUGACAUCUUAAUAUCAGGUCAUACACACAAGUUUGAGGCAGUUGAAAGUGAAGGCAAAUUUUUUGUGAACCCUGGAUCAGCAACUGGUGCCUACAAUGCACUAGACAUAGAUGUGGUACCCUCGUUUCUCCUGAUGGACAUUCAAGGUCCCAACAUGGUGCUCUAUGUGUAUCAGCUGCAAAAGGACGUCAAAGUACAAAAGAUUGAGUACAAAAAGAAGUAGCUUUAUAUGUAGAGUAAAACAACUUUGUGUGGUGUGUUUUAAAUAAUGAUGUGCUUUUAAGCCUUAUAGGUUUUUUCUGCUGUGUUUUGUGGUGAAUUGUUGUGUUUCAUUGUUGUACAAACUAG